AGUUGACAAUAUAAAAAAAAAAAACAUAAAACUCCUUCCAUAAAGCCUAUAUUAGAUUGGGUAAAGUAACCAGCAACAGGGGAAGAGUGAAAAAAACAGAGGAAAAUGGAGAAAAUAGAGCACAAAAAUGUAUCCGUUAAUGGAAUAAAAAUGCAUGUAGCAGAAAUUGGUGAAGGUCCAGCAGUUCUAUUUGUACAUGGCUUCCCUGAGUUAUGGUAUUCAUGGCGUCACCAAAUGUUGUACCUUUCUAACAAAGGUUACAGAGCUAUUGCUCCUGAUCUUCGUGGUUACGGAGACACUGAAAUUCCAUCGGAAAUCAGUAGUUAUACUGCUUUUCAUAUUGUUGGUGACUUGGUUGCUCUGUUAGAUGUUUUGGAUCUAGACAAAGUUUUCUUAGUAGGACAUGAUUGGGGUGCUCUAGUUGCUUGGUAUUUCUGUUUGUUUCGUCCUGAUCGAAUUAAGGCUUUGGUUAAUCUGAGUUGUGAGUUUCGUCCAAGAAAUCCUUUAAGAAAACCAGUGGAUAGCUUGAGGGAGUUGCUUGGUGAUGACUAUUAUAUGUGUAGAUUUCAGAAACCAGGGGAAGUGGAAGAGGAGUUUGCUUCAAUUGAUACUGCAAAACUCAUAAUAGGAUUUCUUUCUUCACGUGAUACACGCCCACCUUGCAUUCCCAAAGAGAUAGGCUUUCAUCAAGCCUUUGCACAUUCACCAGCAACAUUACCCUCAUGGCUAACACAGGAAGAUGUGAAUUAUUAUGCUCAGAAAUUAAACAAAACAGGCUUCACUGGAGGAUUGAACUACUACAGAAAUCUGGACAAAAAUUGGGAGCUCACAGCCCCAUUUAGUGGAUGCAAAAUUCAAGUUCCAACUAAGUUUGUGGUGGGCGAUCUAGACCUGACAUAUCAUGUUCCUGGAAUGAAGGAGUAUAUUCACAAUGGUGGUUUCAAGAAAGAAGUUCCAAAUUUAGAGGAGGUUGUUGUAAUGGAGGGAGCAGCUCACUUCAUCAACCAAGAAAAGCCUGAUGAAAUAAAUGCCCACAUUUAUGAUUUUAUUCAGAAGUUUUAACCAACCACUUGAAAUUAAAGCAUCUAUGAUUGAUACUGCAUUUUACCUUUCUAUAAAUUACUGAAGUUUGUGACAAAGUAAGAUACCCAAACAGAUUUAUAUGCCUGAAAUUUGAAAUUUUAUUGAUGGAGAGAUGGGUAUUUGCCGCUCUGUUUAC